CUCUGGGUACCGCGACGCGAUUGACGACCAUACCUUUUGUUGCCUGCAGCAGAGCCUGAUUCUUUCAUCAUCUCUUCGGUCUUGACGCCAACCCUCUGUUUUGCUUCUUGCAGCGGUCUAUCCAUCCUGCUUUCCCGCACUGUGUAUCCUGUCUUGCAUUGGGAAUUGACCACCGGUAUCCGGUCUUACGAAUCAAGAUGUCUCUCACCAACCUCUCCCACGUUAUCUCCCACCUGAACAAUGUCACCAAGGCCCGCCUCGGUCUCACCUCGAUCCCCAACACCAAGCUACACCUGAAGCUCUGCCUUGCGCUGCAAAAUGACGGAUUCAUCUCUACCGUUGUUCGUGGCGGUCCGACCCCCCCCGCUCCGCAUCAGCUCCUUGGCCACCCCAGCUCCGAGGACAUCGAACCUGUGACCCAAGCGAACAUCGCCUCCAGACGCCUCUGGCUCGGAUUGAAGUACUGGCGCAGCGAGCCGGUUCUGGGCAAGAUGAAAAUGAUCAGCACGCCCAAGCGGAGAGUUACCGCCAAGCUCGAAGUCCUCCGGCGUGUAGUCCAAGGUCACAACACCCCCUAUAUCGAGGGCCUGCGGUCGCCGGGUGAGAGUUUGUACAUCUCGACGGAUAAGGGCAUCAUGGAGGCGAGAGAGUGCGUUGAAAAGAAGAGUGGCGGUCUGGUCCUGUGCCGGAUCAGGUAAGCUUGGGAGGGUGAAAAGGAGAGCUUCCAUGUCUGAGAGUCGCUUGGGCUUUGCAUUUUAACCGGAGUUUGGCCAGUCGCAGUGUCUCCUCGCAUGCCGUGUAUGUUCAUAUUGUCUUAUUAUUUGCGACUGUUGGUUGGAUACCUUGUAUAGUAACAUAACUCAUUUUCCUUGAUGCAUUAUUUAUAUUGCUCUGUCGAGCAUCUCUUCGUGGCUCGCACCGUGACGACUGCAGGCGAUCCAAGUCUGGACUGAGGUGCCUGCUGGUCAGCAGGCACUGGAAGGCGCUCGGUACUCGAGUCGGUCACCCUUCUGAUUCCGGGAGUAUAUUAGAAGUCAUGCG